ACUCGACGCACACUGCACACUCGACGACACUUGCCGUCUCUUCUGUGAGAUUCUGCAUCAUUAUUCUACGUGAGCCUCAUGCAUCGGGGUCACGAAACCACCAACUAGAACAGUGCCGAACGAAGAUAUCUCACGCAUACAGAGAAUCAUAGAAAAGAUGUCUUGUUCUCGUGAUCCGGACUCGGAUAUCGAGGAUGAUAUCCACAUAAUAGCUUCGGAUGAUGAGGAUCUGGAAUUAGUGGAAGAGCUAGAUGGGGGCGAAGCAUUCCAUUCGGGGAGCGACGAUGAAUCCGAAUCACAGGACGCCGAUACUAUGGAUUUAGACAAUAGAGUCGUUUUCCAACCGUCGAGAGACGAUUCAAUUCGAACACUCGAGGGACACACUGAUGCCAUCUUCGCCGUUGAAGUUUCUGCAUCGGGACAAUUACUUGUCUCGGGAGGAAAGGACGAUCGCGCCCGGCUAUGGGAUUCCACCGGGCAGGAGGUUCUCGAGUUCGCUCCUUUCAAAGACUCGGUCAUUCACGUCGGCUUCAGUAAAGAUGAGAAGUUCGUGAUGGCAGCUGACAUGGCAGGCAAAGUGCAAGUGUACGACGUUCAGUCGAGGGGGUCAGUCUUCGAAGCGGAAGUCGACGACAUCACAUGGACAGCUUGGCAUCCCUCGGCGGCCGCCCUCGUCGCCGGUACUCAGGAUGGCUCAAUAUGGCUAUGGCUGAUCCCUCACGGCCACACUAAAACACUGCCAAGUUCUGGAGAAACCACGACCAGCGGCACGUUCCUCAGUGAUGGGAAGAGGAUCGUUGCAGGUUACGCAGACGGCUGCCUGAGGCUGUGGGACCUGAAGACCUGUCAAGCCUUAUCCACAAUAUCCAAGCUGCACGAAGGCGAAAUACUUUGUGUGGACGUGAACUCGAAUGGCGUGGUGGCUACCGGAGGCACGGAUGGGCUUAAAUUCGCCAGCGUAAUAACCGGGAAAUCCAUCCUGUCGCUGAACGAGUUCGAGGAUUGCGUGGAAUCAGUGAAAUUCUCCAGCAAUAACAGUUGGUUGGCGGCUGGCAGCCUCGAUGGUAGCUUCGUUAUCUGGGAUGUGGCCGCAGGUCGUCAGAGACACAGGGUGCAGCUCGGAAAUGAAAGUGGAAUCUGUAAAUUAGCUUGGGCAGGACCGGAUCGCGUGCUUGUGGCCUCCCUCGACGGUAAAACGCGUGAAUACGACGCUCGUUCCGGGGACCUUGUGAGAUCUUGGGAGGGACACACGAGUAAUCUGCUCGAUCUCAGCGUCGCGGGCACAAUAUUCGCUACAUCAUCUGAAGACAGAACCGUGAAGAUAUUCGAUAGAAUGCUCAGAUAAAUGUAUCGUA